AUGUCAUUCUAUUGCAAUGCUUCCUUGCUUCCAGUCCUCGUCUUCAUUCACGGUGGUGGCUUCCUUUGGGGAAGUGGCACCAAAUCGAUGUACGGCCCUGACUAUCUGAUGGACCGUGGCUUAAUCGUCGUGUCAGUGAACUACCGCCUGGGGAUUUUAGGCUUCCUCAGCAGCAACACCUCCGACGCUCCGGGCAACGCAGGUCUGAAGGACCAGGUGCAGGCACUGCGAUGGGUGAAGAAAAACAUACGCAGUUUUGACGGAGACCCUUCAAGAGUCACCAUAUACGGCGAGUCCGCGGGUGGAGCGGCUGUUCACUACCACAUCCUGUCGCCUCUGUCCGCUGGUCUCUUCAGUGGUGCCAUAAUGUCUAGUAGUACGAGCCAGUCGGGAGCGUACCAAGGCCUGCCGUACGACCUCGUGCGACGAACCACCAAGAUGUAUGGCGGCCCCACCAGUGGAAGUCCAUCUGACAUGGUCAACUUUUUGAGGACUAUUCCGGGACUAGUGCUGGCUGCCACCUUCUUGGAAGUAGCCACCGAUGAAGUUAAGCAAUCAUGCCCGACGGCAAAGCGUGUCGUGUGCCGUGGUGUGGCGUCUGACGAGGAACUUAACUCAACAUUUAACUAA